AGAAACCUCUCUACUUUGUCGCCCUCCAAUUUAUAUACCCAACAAAUCCAAAAUUUACCUAAGAAAUCAAAAUCAAAGCAAGUGAAGAAUCUCUUUUUCGGUUGGAGUCUUACUGUUGACUUCAUCUACACUAAAUUGCAAUCAUGGCUUUCAGAUCAAUGAGUUAUUUGAGAUCAGUGAUGGGUAACGGUAUAAGGGGAAGCAGUAGUGCAACAUACGCCACCUCAACAACUCCAACAAUGAAAGCAUACUCUCCCACUGCUAAUUACGGCCAUCUUCAGGAUCAUCAGCGCAGUAAAACAACAGCACUAAGGGGUGAUUUCGUGCCGGUGUUCGUGGCGAUUGGGAUGAUAGCCAUAUCAGUGUCUCUGGGACUACACACGGCGAAGCAGCAGCUCAUGUAUUCACCAGGAGUUCGUGUUAAGAAGAAGGAACGAGAGACGCUGCCAGAAGUUUAUCUCCCAGAUAAGGUGGUGGAUGAGGCUGACAAGUUGGCGAAGAAAUCCUUUUUCAGAAAGGUGGCUCACGUUCAGGAGUUUGAGCAUGGGAAUCCCAUAAGAAAAGAUGCUUUUGCUCAUAAACCACGGGCUGAGACUCUCAAGUCUGUUGGCGUUGAUCCCCAGUCAUAGCUUCACUCAAGGAUUAUUGUCAUCAUAAGUGAUUAAGGCCACACUAUUUGUUUGCCUUUUGUUUUUUUUGGGGUUGCUUCAAUUUUCAUUUCACUUUGUUGUUUUGGGGAUUACUGUUUUUGCCGAAGGGAAAUUUCUGGAUCCUUUCUAAUGGGUAGGGUUGUAAAGUUGUAAUGUUGCCUAAUCAAAUAAUGUAGUGGUACUAGUAUGAUAGAUAUAUUUGGAUAA